CAGCUGUCAAAAUUUCGUAGGUUAUCUCAAUUCUCACCCUUUGUUAAUCAAAAUUAUCUAAAACCCAGUUUAUUUUUUAAUAUUUGGUAUUUUAUUUAAGUGUUAUUUUACAGCUCGUUCGAUUUCUCAAUCUUGCGAGUCUGUAUAUUAUUAACAGUAACCGAUUGGGUUCAGAAAAAUGUCCACCCGAUGGUAUCCACUAUACCAAAGAGGGAAUCCCCAAUUGAGAGUAUUUUUACCAAAUUUUUGGAUGAAACUUGUUAAACCUCAUAUAAAACAGCUACCAAACAUAGUUCACUUCCAAUGUUCUAUGGAAAUGACAAAGCAUGACAUAAGAAAUUAUCUGGAGAAGAUUUACGAUGUCCCAGCCGCUGAUGUCAGAACAAAGAUUACCAUGGGGAAGUUCAGAAGGGAUGUGGGAAACGGUUACAUUAUUAAAGACGAUGAUAUCAAAUAUGCCUAUGUUACCCUGCCAAAAGAUAUGAAGUUUGAGUACCCCAAGUUGUUUGUGGACCAAAAGGAAGCAGAGGAUGAGGACGCCAAAUCCUUGGACGAAGCCAAGAAAACCUUCAAGGGGUACUUGGAACGGAACAAGGACAGAUCUGAUGUUCCAAGUUGGUUCUCUAUAUAAAAUGUACAACUUAGAUAAAUAUUCGCUUUUUAUUAGAAUAAGAUAUGUAAAUAAAUGUUAGAAAUGUAGUAA